AAACCGGGAAUCUGCCUGAUUUUUCUCACUCUGUAACAGACUCCACUACUCGCACCCCUUGAAUUUCCACUAAAUUUACAGUCUUGCUCCCCACCUCUCUCUCUGACAUUGUCUCUCUCUUCAUUUCUUUGGUUUCUCCGUUUUUUCAUCAAUGGCGAGAGGUUCUUCCCAGUCCCAGUCUCAGUCCACCACCUCCUCCACGAGUUCGCGGCCUGGCCUCAUGGCUCCCCGUGGCUCAUCUGCGGCCACGGCCGGCAUGCGUCGCCGCCGCAUCACUGGAGGCAACUCCUCAUCCGGCUCUGGUGCAGUCGGUGGUUCAGGACCGAGCAACAUGCUCCGCUUCUACACCGAUGAUGCCCCUGGUCUCAAGAUCUCCCCUACUGUCGUACUUGUCAUGAGCGUUUGCUUCAUCGGCUUCGUCACUGCUCUCCACGUCUUUGGAAAGUUCUACCGCUACCAAUCCGGUGCCUGAGCCUUAACAUCCCGAUUCUGAUCGAAUCCUAUACUGUUUGUAUUUCGGUUCUCCCUUUUUCAAUAGGCAACUCUAUGCUGAAGUUUUUUCUGUUCUGGUUGCUCAGGGUUGUAGUGGAUGGAGUUUUCUUAAUGUUGACUUUUGCGUUGAAUUUGCUUGAGAUUUUGCUUUGAAGGAAGAAAAAUGAGUUUUCAUUCA